UUUAGGCUGCUUGAAGCCUCCUGAUAUCUGCAUAGCUUUUAAAAAUAAAAUGCAACACAGUGUAUAUGUAUUUUAUCGUGCACGUUCAACCUAUGAUAAGGACUGACUGCGUUGCUGAAGAACUCCGGAAUAAUAUUUAGUUGGCCCACGAGUGCACACGUGGGUUGAUUGUGUGGCGUGUGUUUGGUGGAACAACCCUUCAAAACCACUGUAAAAACAGUUAGUUGGACCAUGUUGAAAUCCAAAACGUUUGUGAAGAAGACUCGUGCUGGUGGAGUAUUGAAAAUAGUGCGUGAACAUUACCUCCGAGAUGACAUUUGGUGUGGAAGUGAAGUUUGUAGGGAGUGCAAAGAUGAAGCGCCAGUGCUGCAGGAGGACGCCUGUAUAGAGAGUAACCUGUGUUCAUAUCCUCACUACUUAAUCCCAGACACCAACGUGGUUUUACAUCAGAUCGACAUACUUGAGGACCCUCUGAUCAGGAAUGUGAUCAUCCUUCAGACCGUUUUACAAGAGGUCAGACACAGGAGUGCACCGGUUCACAAAAGAAUCAAGGAUGCCAUUCAUGACAAGGACAAGCACUUCUACACCUUCACUAAUGAACAUCACAGGGAGACUUUCAUUGAACGAGAGCAAGGGGAGAGCUCCAACGAUCGCAAUGAUCGAGCCAUUCGUGUUGCUGUCAAAUGGUAUACAGAUCACCUUGCUAAAGUGACCAAUGGUGACACAAUGAAAGUGGUUCUUCUGACUAAUGACCGGGCCAACAAAGAAAAGGCAGAGCAGCAUGGUCUACUGGUGUACAGAUGUGAGGAGUAUGUAAAGAGCUUGAUUGGCAACCCUGAGCUUGUGGACAGACUUGCAUUGACAUCUGAUGAUCAGAAUGAUAUCACUGGCGGUAAGCUGAUGUUUCCAGAGCACCUUCCCUUAUCCAGGAUCCAGACUGGUAUAAAGAAUGGAAUAUUUCUUCAGGGCAUAUUUCAUGCCAACAGAGAUAAUUAUCUGGAGGGCACAGUCUUCAUGCAUAGAGAGGGGGAAGAGGUCACUGAGGUUUUACUUCAAGGCUUUCAGAACUUAAACCGGGCUGUGCAUCAGGACAUAGUGGCUGUUGAACUCUUUCCAAAAGAACGCUGGGUCGCUCCCUCAUCUGUUGUGCUGCAAGACGAAGGUCCAAAUGAUGAUGUUGAGGAAGAUGAGAUCGAGAAAAAUGUGGAGAGUGUGUCACAGUCUAGUGUUUUGAAGCCCACUGGACGAGUGGUGGGCAUUAUAAAAAGGAACUGGAGGCCUUUCUGUGGGAUGCUUUCUCAAUCACAGAUCAAAGAGGCAACAAGGCACCUUUUCACCCCAGCAGACCGGCGAAUCCCACGGAUCCGUAUCGAGACCAGGCAGGCCGCCACUCUGGUGGGACAGAGGAUCAUGGUUGCUAUAGAUGGCUGGCCCAAAAACUCCAGAUACCCAAAUGGUCACUUUGUGAAAAAUUUGGGUACUGCUGGGGAUAAAGAGACAGAGACAGAGGUGCUUCUCCUAGAACAUGAUGUUCCUCACCAGCCCUUCUCCCAGGCUGUCCUCAGCUUCCUACCCAAGAUGCCCUGGAGCAUUACUGAGGAGGACCUCAAGGUCAGAGCAGAUCUGAGGCACCUCUGUGUGUGUAGUGUGGAUCCUCCAGGCUGUACAGACAUUGAUGAUGCUCUUCACUGUCGGGAACUAGAGAAUGGAAACUUGGAGGUUGGUGUCCACAUAGCAGAUGUCAGCCAUUUUAUUCGGCCAGGAAAUGCAUUAGACCAGGAGGCAGCCAACAGAGGCACCACGGUCUACCUUUGCGGAAAGAGAAUUGACAUGGUCCCUGAACUUCUCAGUUCCAACAUUUGCUCUCUUCGGUCCAAUGUUGAGAGGUUAGCAUUCUCCUGUAUUUGGGAGAUGAACCACAAUGCUGAAAUCAUUAACACACGCUUCACAAAGAGCAUCAUCAACUCCAAGGCCUCCCUUACAUAUGCAGAAGCUCAGAUGAGGAUUGAUGACACUACCAUGAAUGAUGACAUCACAAAGAGUCUGCGAGGCCUUAACAAAUUGGCCAAGAUUUUAAAGGGCCGGAGGACCGAAAAAGGAGCGCUGACCCUCUCCUCUCCUGAAGUGCGUUUCCAUAUAGACAGUGAAACUCAUGACCCCAUAGAUCUGCAGACCAAAGAACUGAUGGAGACUAAUUCUAUGGUGGAGGAGUUCAUGUUGUUGGCGAAUAUCUCUGUAGCGCAGAAGAUCUAUGAUGAGUUCUCAGAGUGUGCCCUACUGAGGAAACACCCUUCACCACCACCAUCGAACUAUGACAUCCUUAUUAAGGCUGCACAGUCAAGGGACUUUGUCAUCCACACAGAUUCAGCCAAAGCUCUGGCUGACUCCCUGAACAAUGCGACAAUUGAGAGCUUCCCAUACUUCAACACCCUGAUCAGGAUCCUUGCCACCCGCUGCAUGAUGCAGGCCGUGUAUUUCUGCUCUGGCAUGGACAGCGAUUUCCACCAUUAUGGCCUGGCCUCACCUAUUUACACACACUUCACAUCACCCAUCAGAAGAUACUCUGAUAUCAUAGUUCACCGACUGUUAGCAGUGGCUAUUAAUGCAGACAGUACAUACCCAGAUUUGAUGGAUAAGCACAAGCAGUCGGCCAUGUGCAACAACCUCAACUACAGACACAAAAUGGCCCAGUAUGCACAGAGAGCCUCAGUGGCUUUCCACACUCAGCUCUUUUUCAAGAAUAAGGGAAUCGUAAAUGAGGAAGGCUACAUUCUGUUUGUAAGAAAAAAUGCCAUCAUCAUCCUCAUCCCUAAGUUUGGAUUGGAGGGUACUGUGUUUUUUGAGAACAAAGACAAACCCAGUCCUCAUCUCCGCUUUGACUCAGAGGGGCCCACACUCGCAGUGGAGGAACACACCUUUCACAUGUUUGAUAAAGUCAAAGUUACUGUCAGCCUUGACUCUUCCAACAUCCAGCACCAGAGGAUCAGAAUGGCACUCAUUGAACCAGUGAUCUCCGGGGUUAGUGUUCCUGUGCCUGAGUCGGAACCAGAGGCCAAAAAACCCAAGCUUGACCGCUAAAACCUAAGCACCAAGGACUGUCUUACUACUAUAAAAUUAUGAAUUAUAAAAGCAAAAAUAAUUAAAAUGCUUUUUCAGUUUGUUUCAGGUAGUUUCAUGGGAACUUUGAAAGCACUGAUUGACAUGAAAGGGUUUUUAGUAGCUUUAGUAGCUGUGUUUUUGCUCUUUCUAUGGAUUUUUAACAGGCUUAUGCACACACUAUUAUCUACAGUCUGUGAAAAUGGUGUAAUUACAACAUGUUCUCAUUUCUUUUUGAGCCAUAAGGUUCAGUCAUCCCUCUAAUCCACAAUCUGUGGUUCAUUUUGUUCAGUGAAAACAUGGCACUGUUAAUAAAUGCAGGGUUGCCAUUCUUUUUGAAUUUCCCCCAUUUGAUUGAACCCAUUAUAUCAGAAUCUCUGUAAUUCUGAAUACAUAUGAGAAUGGUAGCCUAAACUUUUUAAAUUUUACCGUAUUUAGAUCAGCUCUAAGCAUAAAAAAAAAAACAAAUGUUUUUAAGUCCUCCUUCAAUCUGAACUUUUUUCAAACAUUGGAGCUCUGUAUGUUGUACGCUAUAGACAAAAUCCAAGUAAAACUAUCAGCUUUCACAAACAAA